UUGGGAAAAUGCAUUUUUUUUAAUGUUUGCACGAACCGUUUCGUCAUUUUAGCUAUUCGCCGUGUUCUCGCAAUGUAACCGAUGCGGUUAAAAUAGUGCGCACGUUUAUGUCGUCAAUAAUUACGGAACAAAGAAACCAAAGAGUAUAUUGUCGGCCGAACGUAAGAAAGUUGAUUUUAAUAUAAAUAGGAUUUAUUUCUACUAAAAAAAUCCGGGCGUUUUUCGACGAUCCGGACGGUGACAUUAUCACUGAAAAAGGGGUAUUUUUACAAUCCUGCCUUUAAGUGGGGGCAGACGCGCUAACUAGUCAUGGCACCAAUCGCAUGACUUUUUCGCAAAAAGUAUACAGUAGUUGGCAGUUGGACAUGAGAAACAUCUUGUUGUUAAAGUUUUAUGAUUUUGAUUUUACAUCACCCAGCACAGCGUAUUAGUUAAUUGAAUGCUAUCAAGUUAAAUGGGGUGUGGUUCUAGCCAACAGUCUAGUGUGCAGUUGGCACAUACCAUUACAGCACAUCAAUCCAUCAGGCAGCAGAUAGUUGCACCACAUACUAAAGUUUUGACUCAAGAGCUAAAUGCUUUUCAACCUUUAUCUCUGACAGUAGAUCAUGAGAUUCCACCUAUACCUCCACCAACGAACUAUAAGAAUAUAACUUCAACUGAUUCUACCAAGAAACAAAUGCUUAUUACUGAAGAAAUGGUGUAUGAUUUUGAAGCAAUAGGUGUGGUAAUUAAUGCCCAUGAGAGAAACAACAUAAUAGCUAUACAUGAAGAUAAAAAUCGACAACUACAUGAAAUACAAGCAGAAAUAAUUGCUCUUAAACAAAGAUAUAAAGAGCUCAAAACAAAAAGUAAAGAAGAACAUGCUGAAGUAGACGACAUUAAAAAACUAAAGUCGAUGGUCAAGUUUUUCAGCAAUCAGGAACAAUAUGACAGAAAACUUUCAGAGCAAGAAGAGGAUUUUGGAAAAGCUCCUUUACCAGUGAUAACGUCACCGUCCAGAUCGUCGAAAAACACAUACAUUCAAUCAAAAACUGAACUAGAAGAUUGUGAGAAUCAAUUGAAACUACUGAGUCAACAAAGUUCCAGACUUGAUGCAGAAACCACAGAAUUGAAACAAAAUGUAGACGAUCUCCUACAACUUUAUGCAAAACAAGAUGAAAUAUUAGAGUUAGCAUUUGGUGGUGUUUAUGGCAGUAAUGAAGAGGAUCAAUUAGAAGAUACACUUGACAAACUGGUAAGAAAAAAUCAAAGAAUAAGACUCACCAUGCAACUUUGGUCUAUAGCAAAGAACUUAACAGAAACUGCACAACAGCAGAUUGAAUUUGCGUGCAAAAGGUGGAUGGACAUUGCUUUCAUACCUGCAAAAGCAUCAUACCAACUGCUAAAAGUACAGACAAUAUCAGAAGCCCGUAAUUAUCUUAUAACUGCAUCGCGUAAUUUGAGUUCUUCCCAUCGCUACUUUCAUCCUGUGGUACCCCCUUACUGCGAUUCUAAUGAGGUUGGAAUACUAAAUAAAGCUAUCACAUACAUAUUUAUUGAUGGUUUUUCGCGUGAGCGACAUGCUCAUGCUUAUAAUGUCUACAGAACCACAGCAGCACGGUCUCGAUUACUUGCUAAAUGGGCGAAUUCGGUUAUCACUGGUAAAAUCAAGAGCGAUUUGGAGGCUUCAAAUUUGGAAACUAACACAUGUCGCAAAGCACUGAGGAAAGAAAGAAUAAGAUUAAUGUCAAACCAAGUAAAAGAACUGACUGGAAAAGUGUUAACCCUGACAGAACAUCCAGAAAAACAAGCUAAGUUUGAGGAAACUGCAAUUGUGAAACUAUCUGACACUGCUGAAGUACAAAAAGUAGAGAGAUCAGAGCAAUUGGAAAAGCAGCUUCAACAAGCUAAGACAGAAGUGGUGGGUGAAACUAAUACUGAACUUUCACAAGCAACACAACUGACACUAGAAGAGCUUGCUCCAGCACCAACCAGCAAUCAAAUAUUUGGUGAUCUUGAUUCAAUUAUGGUAGAGUACGAACGCCAACAGCAAGAGAUUCAACAGCAUAACAAAACAGAAAAAGCUCGACAGGAAGCAGAUCUUAUGGAGAAAGUAAGGCGAAGAAGAUCAAGAAAGAUGAGGGCGAUGCAACCCUAGAUGAUAAUAUUGAAAUAUUUACUUUUUUAAAUGGUAAAAUGCCUAUUUUCUGUACAUCUAAGUGACCUUAAUAAUUCUACUGAAGAAAAUAUGUAUAUGUGCUUGGGUGAAUAUUAUCAUGAUUAUUAUUUAUUACUUGAUUUAAUGAUUAAACACCUACAUUUUUAUUAUUAUUUGUAGUUUGCACUAGCAUUGAGUUUUUAAGUGGUUUUAUAAAUGUUUCUAAUUUUAACGUGACAUAGUGUUUUCUUGUUACAGUAUUAUCUUCCCACUUUGCGUUUACCUAAAAUUUGUGGCUUCCCAUUAUUAUGCGUAGGUUUAAACGCGCGUCAUUAAAGGGGAAUACCAACGCAAAAUCAAAA